GAAUCAGUAAUACAAUGUUUUUCUACGUCAUUUAAUAUCGUAAUUUACAGAUCCUUUGGACAACCUUUUUUUUGUUUUGUAAUUUUCUUUAAUUUUUAUUUUUUGCGAAUCUUUUAAUUUUUAUAUAAAUAAUUUAUGAUAAUUUCGGAAACAUGAGUUUACAUUCAACGUCUCGUCAUUUUAUACCUCCUGCGUUCGGAAUUGAAGGCUACGCAAGAAUCGGAAACCCACUUACGAAUCCAAGUGUGGUAGAGAUCAAACCAAAAACGACAGCCGGUCAAAAUAAAUAUUGCUUAAAAUAUCUUUAUUCAGAGUUAUUUGCUACCGCCAUUGAAGAUGCUAUAAUCGCAUACCGAAUCUUAGCCGAAAGCAAUAGUGAAAUGCGCAUACAAAAGACCCUUAGCGAUAUGCCAAUUCUUCUAGCCAAGAAGUACAGUGUAGAGCAGCCAGCGUUUGCCGACGAACUCGACAGUAUCGACGCGAAUAAUCUUAAAUGUACCAGCUAUAAACUUAACAAACUGAAUAACGAUAGAUUAUUAUUUUCUGACAUACUCAUAGCCACAUAUUUAGGGUUGUCCCUUCUAGAAAAUUGGAAAGUGUUGACUGAUAGAAACAACGGUCUUAUAUCAAUUGAGCGAAAUCGGUUGAACCUUAUAGAAGAGGAAGCAAAAAAUCGAAAUAAUCUUCGCGAACUAAUGAAGCAGUACAGACAGCAACGCAAUCACAUCAAAUCCGUUACCUACGAUACUAACGUUGUUAUUGAGCAUCUGAAAUCUCAAGUUGAAGAUUCAGCUAUAAAUGCCGAAGCUCGAAGCCGCUACAUGGACGGUUGGCAGCGGGCGCGCACCGAACAGCAUGUACAGAUGAUAAACGACGUAGAAGCGUCCCCGACGAAUUCCAUAGAGUACUAUAAACACAGAAUGGACAGUGAGCAAAGAGUCCACCACGAAAUUGAACUGCUCCUAAAUAUAAAGAUCGGAGAAAUUCUCGCGAAAGUUGAAUCGUGGAUGAACAAAUACGACGCAGAUAUGGAAAAGAUAGAACUGAAGAUACAGCACAAGCAGAAUGAGCAUCAAAAGAUAUUUGAUAAGAGAGUGGAGCUUGAGGAAACGCUGGAGAAACAUCAGAAGCUGAUACAGAAUUGGCAGAAGUUCAAAGAUGACCGAGAAGAGGCCCGCUUAUUCGAGGAGAAAAUGAACAACGCCGCGGUUACAGUGCAGUCGUGGUGGAGAGGUCUGCUGGUCAGGCUCGAGCUUGGGCCAUACAAACCGGUCAAUAAACCGGUCAAACCCGCUGAGAAGAAAAAGAAGACCAAAUAGAACAAACCGAAAGUCAAAUAAUUUCUUUUUGAAGAUAAUAAAAAAAAAAUUUUUUUAAUUUUUAAUGUGUUCAAUAUUUUGAUAAUCUGUAUUAAGUACGCACAACGUUCUGACAUUUUAUUUUGUAUAAUUUAAUUUAUUUUUAUAUAAAUUUUGUUUAAUACUAUGAAAUAUAUUGUUGGUAAUGUUUAAUUUCAUUGCCCAUACUUGCUAAUUAUGUUGUUUUUAGUUUUUAUGUUUUGUUACUUUUUAAUGUUCUGUUUCUAUUAUGUUUUUAUUGUUUAAUAAAAGUAUUUUAAUUUUGUUUAA